CACGAUUUUUGAUCACGAUGAAAUUUAAUUGGUUAAAACUGGUCCACGUGACUUGAGUAGCUAAAAGUUUUAAACGAAAACGCAAGUCAAUUUGUGCAGUGUUGUACCGACUUCCAAACGUGUUACAACAACGACGUGAAAAUGGCAAAAAUGAUUUUUCUGAUUUUCGUUGGUUUUCUUGCGAUGGUUACUCUUGGUGAAGCGAUCUGUUGUGAUUUGAUAAAGUCACUAGCGGAGAAGAAGAGUGAAGCGAACAAAACAUUAUGCGGUGCUGGAAACACACUUCCUCCUCAGUGUUGCAGAGAUAUUGCAAAUGUGGUUAGACAAUUUGUUGAUGCAUAUGAAGCAUUAUGUUUGAAUAGUAAGUAUUAGUAAAGUCUUUAUUUGCAUGUGUAACACGCAAUAGGGCCAUUCAUAUACCAGCAAAAAUAAGUUGGUUAACAUGGCCGAAGCACGUGACGUAUAUCAGUAAGAAUCUGAAUUCUGAUUGGUUUAUAUUCAUAUAAUAAUAUGUAUGCAUAUUGUUUGUUAAAAUUAAACUGACUACACUCUAUGACUAUAUAUAUAGCAAACGUUUGUCACCAUUGUCGAUCGCUUUAUAUUACUUCACAUUAUUGAUCACAUAUUGGCAUUGCAUGUCGUCACUAAUUUUAUAAUAAUUCGAUUUGUUAGCACUCCUAGUAUGCUACUGCGUGUUUGCACUUGGCUGAAAACUGCGCUACCCAAAACUAGCUCCCAAGAUAAAACCCGUUCCGCCGCCACUGGAGUCAGACCUUUGAAAAGUUGGUCAAAAUGUUCACCAAAACUUGGUCAAAAUAUCAGGACCCCUCCCCCCCCCCACAAUGUUAAUAUGCCCAGAAAAUAUUACCGACCGUUGAAACAAGCAUGUUUAAAUUGACUCGCGUUCGAUGGAGGUUUGAUCUCGGCACUGAUUUUUCAAUUGCCGCAUUAGCCAUUAAUUGAUGAGUAUAUAAAUUAAAAAUAACACAUCGAUAAUUCAUCGACAAUAUUUGAAAGUUUAUAAAUAUACCGAUAGUGCAAUCACGGCGUCGUCUACUUUUUUCGGCAGAUAUACAGCUAGUUAUGCAAGACUGACAAAGGUAGGUUCUAGCUGCUCUUGGACAUCAACUAGAGCAGGGAGAACCGGCUCGUGGCUUCAGGUUGAUCUGGGACAACUCACCACAGUGACACUGACAGGAAUAGCAACCCAGGGAACAUGCUAUGGCAUCAAUGAAUGGGCAAAGUCGUACUCGGUUUCAUACAGCUAUGACCCCAAUUCAUGGACACCUUACAAAGAAUCAGGCAAAGUAAAGGUAAGUCAGCGCAUCAAUCUUGUAUGGUGAAAUUUUACAAAACACGGAUUCAGAAAUUAAUAUAAAGGCCCGUUUACACUUGCAUCUUUUGCUGCGAUUUCUAAUGCGAAUUUCUUCUUCUGAUAAUAAAUAAUAAUAAUAAAUUAUGUUUAUCUUGCGCCAUUUACACUGAAUUAACGAAUCUAAUCUAUUCAAAUCUAAAUUAAUCUAAUCAAAUAUAUUGUUUUGCCCACUUCGUAGGCUAGCAUAAAGUGCAAGGGAUGAUCCUCCUUCUUCAUUUUAAUCAGUAUGUGUGCCCUCAUCUGAAUAUUCAUAACUCGUUCACAUGCAUCGGAAGUCGAAUAUCGCACUAUACACUAAGUGUACCGGCUUAAGCCAGUUUUCCACUAGGCGGAAUUUUGCGCGCGGAGCGGAAUCUUUCUUUGUCUUGUGAUUUCUCGGGUGGAACUAAUUAGAAAAGACAAAGAAAAAUUCCGUUCCGCGCGCAAAAUUCCGCCUGGUGGAAAACAGGCUUUAAACGGGCCUUAAGUGCACAAAAAAUGUCCGCUUAGGCCUGUUGUACUCGGAAAACUCACCUGAGUGGGAUGAAUUAUUGAAACCUCAUCUGAUGUUUUUAAUUUAGGUUUUUCAAGCAAACACCGAUCAAAGUUCCAUCGUUACCCACUCAUUCAAAUCUCCUAUUCGUGCUCGGUACCUGCGUGUGUUGCCAAAAUCUUGGAGCGGUUAUCCUACAAUGAGGCUCGAGCUUUACGGUUGUCGAUGUAUUUAAUACAUGCAUGCAUUGUUAUAUUACAGACCUGUGUAUACCAGUAAUAAUUUCUACAUAUGUAGCGCAUGGUUACUUUUUCUUUGUAAUAUGUUUUGUUAUUGUAAUGAUAAUAAAUUGUAGCUUGGCCAACUGGCAUGCAAGUGUACACUGAAUGCGUUCAUUGAAGACUUAUCAGAGGGUGGUGAAGGGUAUAUUCGUGAGAUGUGAAACAGCGGAUUUUUGUGUCCGGAAACGUGAUUUACAUGCCUAGCCGUGAGCCGUGAUUGAUUCGAAGACUAGAUGAGUGCAGUAAGAAGUGGAACGUGAAGUCAACGUGUUGCAGUGUUGCUUAACUUUUGUAGUUCCCGCAAAGAACGGCGUUUUCGUUCCAGUUCUUUUUCCAACUCUACGUCAUAUUCCAGUCGUCGUGCGUGAGGUCGUGUCUAAAAACUAAUAAUGAAUUAUUCAACUAUAUUGAUUGUUUUGAUGACUAAUUUGUAAUUUUAUCAUUGUUCGCAUGCAUUGACAUUGUGUGACAGUCUCGCCUGGCUUGCUGGUGUGGCUCGUUGCAUGGAACCAGAGAUAAGGCCCAGUAUAAAGUCGGUCGUAAGAGGGAAAGUUUCCUGUAAAAAAGGAAAUGUAUGGAACGUUAAAGGAUUUUUACUAGGCGGUUGUGGAAGACUUUGCUUCUGGACAAACUAACGAACUCACGGGUAGAAUUUAUUAUUAUAAUAAAGCGCUGCCAAACUUAGCACGUGCACCGCCAUUUUAGAUUUAUGGUGUAUAAACAUGGUUUCCCAAAAAAAACCAAAACUAUUGUAAUAACGCAUUGUUAGAAUUUGAAUGCCCUAACACUAGCCACUAUUAAGCUGAACGCAAAGAUGUGUAAAAUAUUGACCGGGUGCACAUAUUAAAUAUUGACUUAUUAAGAAAUUAAAAUAUCUUUGUAAACCGCACAAUUUUUUGCUUUUGGGAAUUUAAAGCAGCUUCUUAAAUUCUAAAAGGAUAUGAUAAAACUACAAAUUAGUCAUAUUAGCAGUUCGGGAGAAAAUGAUUCAACUCACCACAGAACAACGAGUUUUCAUUAUUAUAAUGCUGCAUGCGUAUUACAUAGAUCUCUCUUACAAAAUUUUUUUUAAACACAUGCAUGAGUUUCUUAGUAUGCAUAAAAUUUACUUUUGUCAAGCUUUUAUUCACUUGUGGGUUCACCAGAUUGCUGAGGCAUUCAAAUUCUAACAAUACGUUAUUUCAAUAGUUUUGGGUUUUUUUUAGGACACCCUGCAUGUAGCGCGUUUAAACAUCACAACAGUGCCGAGCUACCCAUAGGCAUAGCAACAGGUCCAUGCUAAUAUGCUGACAUUUUUAAUUGAGGAUUUUUUAAACUUCAUGGUGUGAUGCAUGCCUUCCAUUGUAUGACAUUCAGUGAUUAACAGUGUUGAGUGCCAUUUUCAGCAUUUGGGGGGCUAUUUUACCGUAUGUUGGUGAUUUUAAAUAAUUUUACACUUUAAUCACAUCGUUUUCUAAAACAAUUAGUGAAAAUCAAACACAAGGGGGCUCAACUACUGUCAGUAACAACAAAAUGUUUUAAAUCUACAGGGUGUCCCAAAAACCCAAAACUAUUGAAAUAACGUAUUGUUAGAAUCUGAAUGUCUCAGCACUCUGCUGAACCCACAAGUGCAUAAAAGCUUGACAUACAAGGUGUAUCAAAAAAAUGUACACCCUUUCAAAUUCAAAUUAACCGCAAUCUAUUGUAGUAAUUUGACAGCCGUAUAAUUUGUCGAAUUAAUGAAUGUGUGAAAACACAAGGUCUUCUGCACAUGGCAAUUUAGGAUAACUUCUAUUUGUAUGAACAAAUACACAACUCAAAGAAAAAUGUUUAAAUUAAGCAUUAUUCAAGUCUGCUGUCUGCAUAAGAUAUAAAAUGGGCCAGCUUACUGCAGAGCAACGAAUAUUUAAAUGGCUAUGGCUAAUUUGAAUUUGAAAGUGUGUACAUUUUUUUGAUACACCUGUAAGUAAAUUUAUGCAUAAAGAAACUGUUCAAUAGACCGUUUGCUGUGACCUCGAAAAGUGCCUAGAAAACGAUUUUCAUUGAGCAUGUUUUGGAACUGAAAUAUUUUUAUGGGAAGUUGGGAACUAACACUUUCGAACAGGGGCGUAGCUAGAGGGGGUCUGGGGGUGUAACUCCCCCCCCCCCCCAUUCAUCACAGAUUCGGCAAAUGUCUGUUAGACUCGGCAAAUGUCUGCUAGACUGGGGAUAGACUAGGGAAAUUGUUUUCGGAUUUAUUGGGAAAUUGUUAUCGUGUCUAGGACCGAAAAAAGUAAUAGCUAGCUAAAGCAAAAAUGUUACAAAAUGUACGAAAAGUUAUGGAAAAGGUUAACAAUUCACGAUAUAUCGGGUAAAUGUUUGUGAUGUUACUCUGUUACUGAUGAGUGUGCAUCCACACCGGGCAAACUGAAAACUUUGCUUGGCCAUGGUGGGAAUCGAACCCGCGACCUUUGGGAAACUAGUCCGCCAAUGCUCUGCCAACUGAGCUACGCAGUCAAGUCGGUUCGAGUAGGAUAAUAUUUCGGAACUGUGUCUAGUUCCUUCGAUAUCAUAUUCACCUGAGUACAUAACACCAACACACACAAAUAUCAAUCACAAACAUCAUAUUCACCUGAGUACAUAACACCAAUGGGAAAAAAUUAGGAAAAAUAUUGUAUUUUUGGAAAAAUUAUGAUAUGUCCGAAAAUUUUUUUGUAUAUUAGGAAAAAUUAAGACAUGUCCGGAAAAAUUUUUGUAUUCCAGAAAAAAUUUUAUGACCUACCCCCUCUCCCCCUCCCCCGCAGUCACUCGGCAAAAUUCACUCUUACACCCCCAUUCAAAGAGGUGGAGCAACGUCCCUGGUUUCGAACACGCUGACUCAAUUCUCGGAAAACUUCUUGCUCCGUAGACCCACAGUUUUCUCACGAACUGAUAUUUUAUCUUCACUAAUUUCACGACGAUUUUUUUCAUUGUUCAACGACACGAAUGGAUGAAGACACACGAUUGCAUAACUCAAAAUGACUAAUUCCUAUAAAGGGUGUCCCAAAAAACCCGAAAACUAUUGAAAUCACUUAUUGUUAAAAUUGAAUGCCCUACCAAAAAGCUGAACGUAAUGAUGCGUAAAAUAUAGACAAGGUGCAUGUAUUAAAAUUUAGUUAAGAACAUCUCCUUGUAAAGUGCGCGAUUUUCUGCUCUUGGGAAUUUAGAGCAGCUUCUUAACAGUUUCUUUAUGCAUAAAAUUUACUUAUGUCAAUCAUUUAUGCACUCGUGGGAAGCAACAGAGUGCUAAGGCAUUCAAAUUCUAACAAUUAAAUUGUUAUUGGUGAUUUCAAUAGUUUUCGGGUUUUUUGGGACACCCUGUAUUCUGCACAUGUGAAGUACGGCGUAUGAAACAGGCCUUAAUAAGUAUACGUUAUUUUGAGGCAACGAGGGGAUAUGUGAUUUAUUCACCGAGGCGCGCAGCGCCGAGGUGAAUAAACAUAUCCCCGAGGUGCCUCAAAAUAACGUACUUAUUUUUCACACUGCGAGGUCGCGUUAAUGAGUCAGAAAAGAAAUAAUUCUCAAUGCCAUAUUGCUUUUGCGAUGUUGUUUUUUCUCAUUUUUUGUGCUGCAAAGACGUUGCAGGUGAAUAUUAGAGGGGGUUAUUAAUUGCAGGUGAAUAUUAGAGGGGAUUAUUAAACGGAAAUUGAUUAGAGGGGGAUAUUGAAUAUAUUCCCCGACAAGAACAAAGGAAACCGAGCAGGGUGAAAAAUUAGUCAAUAUAUGCACCCUGUCAAUACUUUACACAUCUUUGCGCUCAGCUUAGAGCUAGGGCAUUCAAAUUCUAACAAUACGUUAUUUCAAUGGUUUUGGUUUUUUGGGGUCACCCCUGUAUGGUGAGUUGGGUAAUACUGUAGAACGCCAUGCUGCACUGUCACAAUCAACGCACUUGUAAAUCCAACAAUCUACACUAAAUCACAGGCCAGCUAUAAUAUCUGUUUGAUUUUCAUUGAUUGUUUUAGAAAAUGGUGUGACUAAAGUGUAAAAUGAUUUAAAAUCACCAAAAUACGAUAAAUAGCUCCAAAAUGCUGAAAAUGGCACUCAACACUGUUCACUGAAUGUCACACAAUGGAAGGCAUGCAUCACACCAUGAAGUUUAAUUAAACAAUUCCCAAUUAAAAAUGUCAGCAUAGCAUAGCAUUGACCUGUUGCUGCUUUAAAUUCCCAAAAGCAGACAAUCGUGCGCAUUACAAAGAUAUUUUAAUUUCUUAAUUAAAGAUAGAGUUCAGUCCGGUCUGCGCAUGCGCACAUAGGAGUUUCCUGCCGUGAUAUAACACUUUAUAAAUUAGGUUUUUAUUUCAUUUUAUGUUCUUGCAAAGCCUGAUUGUUGUAUCUUGAUAAUUUAUUAUACUGUAGAAGCAUGAAAAUAUAAAUAGUUGUCGAAUAAAGUUCAAUAUUUUGAAUACCGAAACUUUGUUGACAUACGGACUGUGCACCCUGCCAAUAUUUACGCAUCUUUGCGUCUCAUAAGUAGAGUUGAUGUCGGCAAAAGUUCCGCAAAAAAGUUCCGCAAAAAAGUUCCGCUUGGCAUAUGAAGUGACGCCCACGAUUUUUGUCCUAUAUCACGAUGAAAUUUAAUUGGUUAAGACUUGUCCACGUGACGUGAGUGGCUUAAGUUUUAAAGGAAAACGCAAGUCAAUUUUGUGCAGUGUUGUACCAACUUUCAAACGUGUUACAAUAACGAAAUGAAAAUGGCAAAAAUGAUUUUUCUGAUUUUCGUUGGUUUUCUUGCGAUGGCUACUCUUGGUGAAGCGAUCUGUUGUGAUUCGAUAAAGUCACUAGUGAAGGAGAAGAUUGAAGCGAACAAAACAUUAUGCGGUGCUGGAAACACACUUCCCCCUCAGUGUUGCAGAGAUAUUGCAAAUAUGGUUAAACAAUAUGUUGAUGCAUAUGAAGCAUUAUGUUUGAACAAUAGAAGUAAUAAGUAUUAGUAUAGUCUUUAUUUGCAUGUGUAAGAUGAUAAUAUCAGUCUGAGAUGAUAAUUGGUCAUUUUUAUCGCAAUAUAACGCAAUGAUUCAAUCAAGGUGUCAUUUGACAGCCAAAAGCCUGAUCUUUAUACAUACGAAAACAGAAAACGUAUACUGAACGUAAUAAUUAACACCAAAAAUAGAGCCAUAAAUUUCUGCAGUGUAAUGGCAAAUUAUCUAUUUUAUUCAAGCUUCAUGUAAAGAUCCCAAACCAUUAGGAAUGACAAGUGGUAAAAUACCUGAUGAUGCAAUCACGGCGUCAUCUACUGUUGCCAGCACUUACAAACCUAGCUAUGCAAGAUUGACAAAGACAGGUUCUGGCUGCUCUUGGGCACCUAGUUCAGCAGGGAGAGUCGGCUCGUGGCUUCAGGUUGAUCUGGGACAACUCACCACAGUGACAGGAAUAGCAACCCAGGGAUCAUGUUAUAGCGCCAAUGAAUGGGCAAAGUCGUACUCGGUUUCAUACAGCAAUGAACCCAAUUCAUGGACACCUUACGAAGAAUCAGGGAAUGUAAAGGUAAGUCAGCGCAUCAAUCUUGUAUGGUGAAAUUUUACAAAACACGGAUUCAGAAAUUAAUAUAGAGGCCCGUUUACACUUUUUUUUACAGAUUUUGCUAUUGAACACAAUACACUAUAUUACAUAAAAUUAGUUACAAAAUAGGCUCCAUGGGAAUGUUCUGAGUAUGUAUACCCUCCUGUGGAUAUUCAUAACUUAUCCACUCGUGCACAUGCAUUAGAAGAAGAAAAUCGCAGCAAAAAUUGCAAGUGUAAACGGGCCUUAAGUGUAGAAAAAAUUGUCCGCUUAGGCCUAGCUGUUCUAGGAAGCUCUGCACCAGAGUGGAAUGAAUUAUUGAAACCUCAUCUGACUUUUUUAAUUUAGGUUUUUCAAGGAAACACCGAUCAAAGUUCCAUCGUUACCCACUCAUUCAAAUCUCCUAUUCGUGCUCGGUACCUGCGUGUGUUGCCAAAAUCUUCGAGCAAUUAUCCUGUAAUGAGGCUCGAGCUUUACGGUUGUCGCCACUAGUUUGCAUGUCAUUAAUAUACGUGCGUGCAUGCAUGCAUGCAUGCAUGCAUUGUUAUGUUACAGAGUAAUAAUUGCUAUAUAUAUGUAAUGCAUGCAUGGUUACUUUUUCUUUGUAAUAUGUUUUGUUAUUUUAAUGAUAAUAAAUUGAAACUUGGCCAACUGGCGUGCAAGUGUGUACUGACAUUGUUCAUUGAAGACUUAUCAGAGAGUGGUAAAGGGUAUAUUCGUAAAUUGUCAAUGUUUGUUCUCGUACGUGAAUGACGGAUUUUUGUGUACAUGUCGUGAAACGUGAUUUACAUGCCUGGCC